AUGAUUGAUUGUAUCGGAGGAGGAGAUGGGGAGAGUGAUGCAUCACCACCCCAACCCCAGAACAUUUCCAACACCAACGAUUCUUUGGCUGAGGUUUUGGUACCCAGAGGAUCACCCAGCUCAACUCAUGUAGUAAUUGUGAUGGAUGCCUUGAGGGGGUUCUCCUGGGAGCCCCUUCAGUGGGCACUUGAUCAUGUCAUUGCCACUGGCUACACCAUCACCCUCCUUGGGGUCAUGCCAUGGAUCCCCCUUCCAUUGUCACUGAAGACAUGGUUAGACGUCUGGACAUUUGAUCUCGGUGAUUGGUCAGCACUAAAGGGUAGGGGUGAACUGAAGAAUGACCAGAAGUCUCAGAAGAUUCGUGGGAUCAUCCAGCUCUGCGACCAGAAAGGGGCGGUUCCUUGCAUGAAAGUUGCAAUGGGGCAUCCCUUGAAGCUUGUGGUUCUUGAGCACACCACAAACCUUCAUGCUACCUUCGUUGUUAUUGAUAGGCAUCUGAAAAAGGACAGAGCAUUCUUCGCCGACAGAUUGCCAAGCAAUGCAGUGAUAAUGAACAGUGAUGGAGGGGUAGACAUGCUGAAAAUGCUGUCUACUGAUCUCUCAAGUUCAACUCCCAGAGAAUCUCCAGCGACUUUAAUUCCACUACCGCCUCACAUUAGUGAGAGGGAGAGGUGGGCUCAAAACAGAGUGGGAGAGAUGGAAAAUCCAGAAAGAAAAAGGCUGGCAAAUCUGGGAGACGAAAAGCAUGGAUAG